AUGACAAACAUCGCUAGAGAACUUCUCAAAAAGCAGUUUCUCGAGUUGAGUCGAGACUGUCCGAGCGGCUGCAGCGUCGGCUUGGACGACGAGGCCGGCGGCGACUUCUUCGUGUGGCGUGUCUGCUUCGAAGGCCCUCCCGACACGCUCUACGAAGGCGGCAUUUUCAACGCCGCGCUCAGGUUUCCGCCAGACUUCCCCAAUCACCCGCCAGAGAUGAAAUUUCUGCAAGACAUGUGGCACCCCAACAUUUACCCCGACGGGCGAGUCUGCAUCAGCAUUCUCCAUCCGCCGGGAGACGACGUCUUCAACGAGCAAGAGAAGGCCGAAGAACGCUGGCGACCCAUCCUAGGCGUGGAAGCCAUUCUCCUCUCUGUCAUUUCCAUGCUCGGCGAACCGAACCUCGAGUCGCCCGCAAACAUCGACGCAGCGGUUCAGUACAAGAAGGAUUUGCCUGAAUACAAGAAGCGAGUGCGCGCCUUGACUCGGAAGAGCGUCGAAGGCUGA